GCACUGCCCCGCACAUAUAAAGGCUGUCAGCGGCUCCUCUCGCCAGAAGCUUCGCAACCAGCACCGUUCUGUUCUUUGGGGGGUGGUAAUAAGAGACACUUCUUCACAAAGGUUCAUGUCAUCACAUAGGAGAGUGCUAUAUACACUGGGAGAACAAUAGACUGUGUUCUUUCUCUCUUGGUAUUAUCCAGAGAUUUGCUUUCUGCUGCCCUGACUUAAAGCAGAGUACCUCUGUGACCUAUCUGUCUCCUUUGGCCCCAAAAUGACAGUAAUUGCUGCAAUCAGUUGUACUCUCUUAUUUUCCGUUCUCUGUAAAACAAGUGCAUUAGUGUUACCCAACUCCACUGACCUAUUCCUGUCAGACAAUAAUUUCACUGACAUCAAGACAGCUUUGGCAGCUCAUCUGGACUCUGCAAAAAUUCCCAAAGCCAGGCGGAAGCGCUACAUUUCACAGAAUGACAUGAUUGCCAUUCUUGAUUAUCAUAAUCAAGUCAGAGGCAAAGUCUUCCCACCUGCUUCCAACAUGGAAUAUAUGGUUUGGGAUGAAACUCUUGCCAAAUCUGCUGAGGCUUGGGCUGCUACAUGCAUUUGGGACCAUGGCCCUUCCUAUCUUCUGAGAUUUUUGGGACAGAACCUGUCUGUAAGAACUGGAAGGUAUCGAUCUAUUCUCCAGCUGGUAAAGCCAUGGUAUGAUGAGGUGAAGGAUUAUGCUUUCCCUUAUCCUCAAGAUUGCAACCCUAGGUGCCCGAUGCGAUGUUAUGGACCCAUGUGCACCCAUUACACACAGAUGGUUUGGGCCACUUCCAAUCGUAUAGGCUGCGCAAUCCACACAUGCCAGAAUAUGAACGUCUGGGGAUCUGUUUGGCGGCGAGCUGUUUACUUGGUCUGCAACUAUGCCCCAAAGGGGAAUUGGAUUGGAGAAGCACCAUAUAAAGUAGGAGUCCCAUGUUCAGCUUGUCCUCCAAGCUAUGGAGGUUCUUGUAUCGACAAUCUUUGUUUCCCAGGAGUAACAUCAAACUACUUAUACUGGUUUAAAUAAGGUUAACAUUAUUUUAAAGUAAACCCACAGAUGAGUAACAAGAACCUUGUGUAUUGAAUUUUGCACAUAUUAUAUAUAGAGAGAUUGUAAUAAUACUCUGAUAUUUUCUUUUUGUAUGCUUUUGUAUAAUUAGCUUUCAAAGUACAGUAUAAUUUGGAUUUUACACUUUGGGAUUUAAGAUUCACACUAUCUCUUUUAGAUUAACAUUUUGUUAAAGGAGAGCAAGCUUAACAAAUGUAGCUUCCUGAAGAUUAGAUUGUAUUAAAAGCACAUCAGAAUAUAGAAUAUUACUUCCUUUUAAAUAUAAUAGCUCUAGAAAGAGAAGGAUCAUUGUUUAAUACUGUGCUUUAAAAAUGGAGUGUGCAACAAAUUGUCCUCGCACUCCCAAUGGUUCCUCCUGUUUACACCUGUGCUUUCACCUGCAAUGUCAAUGGGACACUGAGCAGAGGAAAACAUAUGUGCAAGAGAAACUGCGGGAUAUUACCUACCUCAUGCACAGCAUCAAUUCAUUUAUGGUGUUUCAAGAGUUCAGCACAUGGCUGCUGCUAUCACAUGUCUGUGUGCAGACAGGAAUAUUUAAGAGAAUGAGGAACCACACUGACUGAUAUGCAGUGGCUGUUAACUCACAUGCCUGAAGUCUUAUCUAGAUAGAAAGCUACAUCUCUUGAAAAAUACUGGUAUAACAGCUCAGUUUGACUCUACCUUCCUGUACUUCUGAACACAGUUAUUGUUCUAUAAUGGUGCUUUGGAGGAGUAUAUUUAUUCUUUUAUAGGAAGAAAUAUAUUGCUACAAAGCAAUAUACAUCAAUACAUUACAUCCAUAGCGUUAUUUACACUAUAAGUUUACCAGUAUAUAUCUGUUGUCCCUCUGACUGAAAUUCAGUUGAGGAUCAGCAGUGAUCAGACCUACAAAUAGGUAGGAAGAUUUCUAAAUAAAAGACAUUAGGGUGUUUUAAAAUUCAUAUAGAUUUGUUGCAAAAAUUCCAAAUUUCUGAAGCAAUUGCCAGUGUCCGUUAAAAAUAUACUGCACUGUUUCCUGAAAAUAUCUCUGUGCAUUAUUAAAAACCAAAUCUGCCAAAAACUUUCUGCCAAAACCUGAAUGCCUUAUGGGUACCUAAUAGAGACAAUAAAACUGAAAUAUUAUACAGGUACUUUUCUUGAAAAGCAGAUUAUUAAAAGGAAGAAAUCAAACGUCUGCCACUAUUACUAGGUCAUUGAAAUAGCCUCAGAUUUUGGCUUUAUGUUACAGGGCAGAAUGUACUCCACUUUAAGUGUUUAGUCUGCUUGCACUACUACAUUUAGACCUCUGAAAUUUAUGAACUUUGAAAAGCAAUACUGAGUAGAGCAAGUAGAACUACAGAGGAUAAUUUCUCUAGAGCUACAAAUGUACGUAUUUUAAGUCACUAAUUCAAUCUUUUUAGGGUAUUUGAGACAGUCUGACACCAGAAUAUGAAGUAACAUGCUGGCAAUAUAAAAAGAAAUAUGAGAAUUUGAAUUCUUCACAUUAGUUAUUCUUUUUCCAGCAAGCUAUCUGGAGCAGGCUGUAGAGUGUGUGAAAUGUAGCAGCCCCUCUGUAUCUAUCUGUACUCUGAUCCCUCAGAGAAUGUCAGCAGCUGAUCUAUGGCUCUUCAGAUAUUUCUGGUUAGUGGCACUUGUGUAUCUGACAGGACAAGAACUAGACAGGCAUAUUGCCUUUAGAUGUGUCCAUGCUGUAAAAGGAUAACUUUGUAAUGUUCUGCUAACUUUUAUCCUAACAGGUACAACAUAAAUAUUUUUACUUUUGUAUUCAAAGGAGUUUGGACUUGAAUAGUACUCAGUCAGUCAAAUGUUUUGGUGGAGUAAAAGCCAGUCCUGUUUUGGGAGUGAAAGACAACCUCUUUGCAUUAUCUAGGUACACACUGAAAUAAAUGAGUGAGACAAAACUACUUGGUGGGUCACUACCCCCUCAGCCAGCACAGCUUUUGACAAAGAUGCAGGUGAAAAAUGCAUUUUUAUUCUACAUAAGAAAUCUUCUAUAAAGGUAAAGACAGCACAGUUAAAACAGUGCAUCUAGCCAUUUUCAGUAUUUUUAUUUAAUACAAAUAGGAGGCAGAGCAUAAGAAAAAGUUCAGGUUAAGCCAUGGAGCCUGCAACAGUAGGUCUAACAAUAAAUGACUAUGCACUUUGAAACUUGCAACUUGUAUGUUGUAUGGUACACUUUCCAAACAGGACUAGACAUUGUAAAUUAACUUAUAAUUCUGUAAUUCAGCUGAAAUUAUUAUCACGGGUAUAUGUGUUAUCGUAUCUGUUACUUUUUAACUUGCUACAAAUGCCUCGAUUUUGUGGAAGAUUUUGUUUUCUGUGAAUAUAGAAAACUUUGCUUUUAACAAACAGUUAUGCAGGUUUUUUCACAACAUCCCAUAAUGGUGCUAGGGAUUAACUAUUGCAAUCACACUGUAAUUGACAGCAGCAAAAUAUGAUCUGGAAAUAAGCUAUUUCAUACGAGCAGCUCCUGAUAAAACCAGCUACAAGCACUCAAGCAUUAGCUGAAUAUUUUUCAUUUAACAGAGAGGAUUGCAGAUAAUCAGAUAUUUGAUUGCCACAUGAAAUGGAAGGCCUUUCUGUAUUGCCAGUUUGAACUGCCCUAAUUUCUAUUACUGUUUUGCUCUUGGCCAGGUAAUGACAAUGCCAGUAAAGCUCUGUUUUGAUUGCCAGUGCCAGUGCUUCCUGACUGACUACCUGACACCAAGUGCUGCUACCAAAAAAGCACUGAAAUGUGCAGAAGACUUCAGAUAUCUUUGGCAGCUCUAAUACAUGCUGAGCUUGAUGGGUUGAAGGCCAUGCUGAGGCAAACCACCUCCAGUUGCUAUUCUAAUGGCCUUGAAGUACUAAUUUCUUCUCAGCAGAAGGGUGUGCCUUUAAAGAUAGAGAAAUUAGCUCAGACUUCUGUUCUAAAUAUAAAAUUGUAAAAGUAUGCACAAGCUAAAAUAAGGUAAAAAUUAUUUUUUGUCAAAAUACUGUGAGAGGCAUUAGAGUAAAAAAUGAUAUAACAAAAUUGAUAUAAUUAUUGAGUGCAGCUGUUUAUAAUAAUAUCUGCUUGUGAAUUUUUGCCUCAUGUAAACAUCUAAGGUAAUGGAUAGCAGUUGAUACCUUUUGGUGCUAACCUCUGUGUUCUGGUGCUGAAGUAACAGAUUAUUUUUUGUGGAAAUAUUGCCAUAUACACUCCAGUGUUUGUGAGAUAUUUUUCAGAUAAACAUAUAACUUACCACUAGGUCAGAUUUGGUUUCAGCAUUCCUUUUUAUGGCUGUUUCAGGCUCUGAUAAGAGUUUUACCUGCAUCAGAGAGAAAAAUGUAUUCCAUUUCAAAACCAAAAGAAACAGUACCCUCUCCUCAUUGCAACAGGCAAUAAAUUAUGGGGAGAGUAAGACCUCUGAGAGUCAUGACUUCAGAUUGAUGCUGAGCAAGUUUUUGUGAUUCCAGAUCAUCUCUCUGAAAAAUAAAUUACUUCAGAAAAUCCGGGCUUGACCUUGCACACUUAUCCUUGGGAUCUAUUCUUUGAGAUCAGUUUGUUUCUGUCUGAAUUUGAGGUGAGUUUGAUGAAGUCUCAGUGAAAAAAGGCAGAGUUUUAAUAUAACUUCUGCAGGAAUGAAAAAUUGGAUUCUAUGAGAGAUUUGCGAACAGCAAAAUUAGACUUCAUAUGCCAUCCCCUAUUAAAAACUGGGAAAUACUAUGGGGCUUUGAAAGAGGAAACUGCCAGAGCAAAAGUACUGUGACUGCAUGGAAAGAAAUGUAUUUGUGUCUAUAUCCAUAUCUAUGUUUGUAGGUAGGUGGAUAGGUAGGUAGAUAUAUGUGUUUAUUCACAUAUAUGUAUGUGUGUUAUAUGUGUUUAUACAUUCUCCCUGAGGAUCAGGUUGCAAGCAUGGAUGCCCUCUUGUGGUUGAGAAUGUCCCUACUCAUUACAUAGGGAUCCAGGAAGUUUUAGGAUAUUUUGAAAACAAAAGCAAAUCUAAAGUUUUCGGCCAUGAUUGUAGAGACACAUGACUUUGUCUGUUUCCUUUGAAAAAAGAGAUGCAGUGCAGAACUCUUCCAUUUCUAAGUUUUACCUAAUUUGCAAAAGUACAGCGUUCCAUUACAGUUUUAUUAGCUGGUGACUACCUAACAUACAGAGUUUUAUGGGUAUGAGGUAAAACAGAGUUAUUCACAUGUCAGGAGAAUUUUUAGAAGCGUUAAGUAAGAUGUAGUUCUUAAAAACCAGGGUGUAGGAAGCCUCAUUACUCAGAUACUGAAUUAUGAUGAUCCCUAAUAAAAUUUUAAAGCCCCAAAUUACUGUUGCAAUCUGCCCAUUACUGCUAUGUUUUCAAGACAAAACUCUUGCUUUCCUAUUCUAGAAUGAGACAAUCUUGGAAUCCAAGCACAAAAAUUUUUUGUGGUGCUUUUUAAAACUGCAGAAUUGAAAAUUUGUAUGGUCUAGUUCUCAGAUCAUAUGUAAUCGGUCUGGUGGUCUCAAAGUGCACAAACCUUCUUUUUUAAAUUUGCAAGAAUGUUGAAAUUCUAUCAAUAGAAGCCUGAAAUAGCAAUAAUCUUCUCAAAUUGCUUUUUUUUUCCAAUAGAAAGCAGUUUAAAACAUUAAGAAAAAUUAGCAAUUACCCAUCGGAUUAAUUCAACAGAUGGGCAGCAGCCUAUCUGGUUAAUUCAAUAAAUGAUACACAAAAUUGAUUACUAUUCCAAUUUCUUUCAGUAAUUUCAAUACUUUCUUUUUGCAUAGCCUUCAUUUCCCAACUUUCCCUCAGGGUAGAGUUAUUUUCUGAUAGAAAAUUAUUAAAGGCAAUGCAUUUUAAAAUUCACACAUGUUGGUGGAACAGAUAGAAAAUUUUGAUUGUUAUUCACAUUCUACAGUUCCUCUGAGUGUGAUCUGUGAAAAAUCCAGACUGAAAUGGUUGCAAUUCAUUAUCUCCUUCUGCCAAAAGACAAAAUUCAGAGUGGAAGAAGAUUUCAGCAUGUUAUUGUUGGGUAAUAAGACUGUAAAAAUCCCUCAUACUGAAAAUGCAUAUAAAUUAUAUUUGGGGUUAUUUUGGCCAGCAGGAAAGAGAGGGAAUAUCUCUCAGGUUAUAUGUUUAGCUCACAACAGCAGUUGUCAUUCAAAUUACUGGCUAUUCAUCAUGCUGCUAACUCACUACAGCUUCAAUAGACCAUCCUCUAAGUCAGGAAGUAUCUCAGAUGUGACUUUUAACGUAAUAAAAUUCUUCCUUAAGAGUGAAUGGUAAUAUUAGAAUCAAUAGCUCUUAGGAGUUGAACAGCUUUGUUUCAUGUAGGGAGUGCUAAUGUAAUUGAAAUGGUGCUUAAAGGCAGGGUUCAUUUAAGUAGCAAACAAUCUACAGAUGCUUUUUUCCAUAUGCAACAAGGAAAGAUUUUUCUGAGGCUUAAAGAUCUUGGGGAUUGGAAAAUAAGUAUAUUUCUAUGCUUUAUUAUCUGAACCCAUGUCAAAAAAAUGUUCAGUGUUUAUAGAGUGAAAUGGUCUUUCCUCCCCUCUCAUUAUAUAUUUUCAUUUUUAUUGUUUAGAAUUUUGAUGAUUGUGUGGGUGGGGUUGUAUCUGGUUUUUUGGAGUAGAAAGCUUGUUGUCUAACACAUGUUGCAGUGAACUUACCAAUGUAUAAUUUCUUUUGUGUUGUCAUACCAUGCUCUAUAUAUAUGUUAUACCUGAGAUAUAAAUUUGUAUCCAUGUUCCAGCUUCUAAUGCUAUGAAACUGUACAUCAUUUUGAUCUAUUUUGUAACAUCUAUGCAUUUAAAUAAAAAAGUAAAAUUAUC